AUGCCGCCGAAACGGAAGAGGGCUGCUAAGAAAAUAUCCAUUGAUCCAAUACCAGCAAUAGAACCGGAUAUUCCAGAAGUAAUAGAACCGGAAGAACCACCAAUGCCUUUGGUGUCAUUGGUUACUGGAGAACCGUUCGGGCCUCAAGUUCGUCCAAUUGUCGAAAAAGAUGAAGACCAAAGUUCGGACGACGAGCCUGAGUCGGAGAGCGAUGAUGAACUCAGACACUUGAAAGACGAUGCACCAGAAGUACCCUCAGAAUUUUGGCAUAUACAAAAGCUAAUUAGAUACAUGAAAGCGGGUAAUCAAACCGCGACUAUGGUGGCGGUAUGCCUUCUGAAGGAUUAUGACCUCACCAGUAGGAUAAUACAGAAAGCCAUUCAAGGGAUGGGAGGUCUGGAAAUUUUAGUGAAUCUUCUUGAGACCAAAAAUAUAAAAUGUCAAAAUGGUUCACUAUCAGUAUUGCUCCAAAUUGCAAGUUCCACAGAAAUGCGGCGGUACCUAAUCGAUCUUGGUAUUGUAACACCGUUGAUUCAAAUAUUGAAGCAUCCGGCUAGGGAUAUUCAAGUUCUAGCUGCUGAAACUAUAGCCAUCAUCGCACGAAUUAGGAAAGCGAGAAAGCAAAUACGUAUUCGAGGCGGUAUUCCACUCAUCUUGGACGUAAUGGACGUACCAGAUACUAUUCUCCGACGAUCUUAUGAUGAUUUGAAUGGAGCUAAGAAAGAACUGAUAGCAGUCGCGACAGCCUGUGCUAAGGUUCUGGACUCCAUAAGCAGCAGCCCGAAAGUAAGGGAAGAGCUUCGGAAACACGGGGUAGUGAAACUUAUGGAACGUUUUUUAAAAUCCAAGCACACUUCUUUAAUAAUACCUAUGAUUGGCUCUGUUCAACAGUGUGCAAGUAUGGAAGUAUUUCGUGAGGCAUUCGAGCAUACGGACAUUAUCUAUGAUGUGGUACGGCUAUUAAAACACGAGAACAUUAAAUUGAAGGAGAACUGUGCCCUUGCGAUAUUCAAUUGCGGCCCGAACAAAGUCGCUAGAGACAUAGUUCGGAAGACGAAUGGUCUAGAUAUACUAUGCAAAUUGGUGCAAAGCGAAGAUGUUCACGCAAACAAGCGUCUGUUAGCCGCCGUCACAGGUGGAAUUUGGAAGUGCGCUAUAAACCCUGAGAAUGUAGCGAGGUUUAUUCAAAAUGGCUUAGUAGCUUCACUAGUGCCCCUUUUGGAGGAGCACGAGGAUGAGGAUGUACAGGUAAACGUUGUAGGAGCUCUGGCAGAAUGUUGCAAAGAUCCUGUUAACAGAGACGUUCUGAGAAUCAACGACGGUUUGCCAAAACUGAUCAGAUUGUUAACUUCCACAUACGAGCCUCUAUUGGAGAAUAUACCGUUGGUAAUAAAAGAAUGUGCACAAAAUGAACAAUGCAUGGACAUCAUUAAUGAUCCUGACCAUAUUCUGGACGGCGUCCGAUUAACUUGGUCAUUACUGAAACAUCCUAGCGUAAAAAUCAAGAGAAAUGCUUGCCUCGCCUUGGUCCCUUGCAUCAAAUAUGCCAAAGAUUCACCAGAAAUGGUACGAGCAUUUGUGGGUGGAUUGGAGCUCACGGUCAGCCUUCUUCACAGCACAGACACCGAAGUGCUCAGCGCAGUUUGUGCGACUAUCGCCGAAAUUGCUACAGAUCCCGAGAACCUGGGUAUUCUCAGUGACCAUGGUGUAGUGGAGAAAUUAGCGAAGCUUGUGACAACGGAUGAUGAGAGCUUGCGUGCAAAUUUGACAUUGGCCAUAGCUUAUUGCAGCGAGUGGGGACAGAAUAAUUACAAAUUUGGCCAACUAAACGCAGUCGCGCCUUUCGUAACUUAUAUGACCAGUAAAAAUAAAGAUGUCCUCAGAGGAGUUUGUAUAGCAGCGUAUCAUUUAAGUAAAGAUCCCACGAACUGCAUCACCAUGCAUACUUCGGGAAUAAUAAAACAUGUGUUACGCUUAAUUGGUUCAGACAAUCCAGAAGUUCAAAUCGCCGCUGCAUCUACGAUUCGAAAUAUUAGGAAACUUACACUGACAGCAGAAAAAUUACACUUUAAAGAAACAAAUACACUGGAGGAAACGGAUUUUCUUUUCUAA